GAUUUGCUUGCCUAAGAAUCAGGCUACUGCUGAACUUGACUUACCAGAAAUGGGCAAAGAAGAUUGGGGAAGUUAUUCAAGAAGAAAGCUAGUCUCCAACUGGCACCGUUAUGAAGAAAGUGAGAAAGAAACACAAAAUGACAGUGGUGAAUCUCAGCGUGGGACAGACUUCAGUGUACUGCUUAGCUCAGCAGGCGAUUCCUUUACCCAAUUCAGAUUUACUGAAGAAAAAGAAUGGGUUUCAGAAAACCUUUGCCCAAAGCAGUUGUCAGGAUUGUACGUUGACUGCCAGUCCUUGGUUCAAGCGCUGGAAGAGCUGCCUCUGCACCUCAAACUCAACGUGGCUGCUGAAGUGGUACAGGAUGCAACUCCAGUCACACUUCCCCAGAUUAAGCUGCAAAGUCAUGAUGUGGCCAAGAAGAGUGGCGAUCUAUUACAACAGCAAAAGAGAGUUGGGUCGCACUGUUAUCCCAAGGAAGAUUCUGCUGUUCCCUUGACUUUGUCAAAUAAAGAUGAAUCUGGAAUUUCUUCAGAGGCUUUUCAGAGAAAUCCUUCAAGUUUACAUCAAGUAAUAGAUCAUUUGGAUGAAGACCUUGAUCUGCUCCUGAAAUUAGAUGUCCCUAUUAAUCCUGAAAACAAUAUUGCUUUGGAAGUGGAGGCAGAUGGCCUGCCAUCUGGGGAUGAUUUGACAAAGACUUUUGAAGAAACUGAUCACUUAGAACCAGGUAGAACUGAAGAAAUUUGCUCCACAUCUCAACCGCUGGAAGCUGCCUCCAAAAAUAUUACUGAAGAGGAACUUGAGGAUUGGUUAGAUACUAUGAUCUCCUAAAGGCUACACUUUGUUUAUCAUGCAAGUAUGCGGAAAAUAAUUUACUAUGACAAUUCUUAAUUGUAAAAAAUGUUUACAAAUAUUUAAUCUGGUGACUGGCUGAACCUGAAGCUUAAAAAUGCUAUUUGUGUAUUUUCCGUGUUCUGGAUUUCAUAAAGAAAUGUAACAAUAUUAAUUUGAAGUUGUAAAUGUAUAAAAGCCUAUUUAGAGUCUGUGAAAUAAAAUAAAUUACAUUUGCAAGUACAA